AGUCCCGGUGAGAGAACUGAAGCAGCGGAGUAUUCCCCGGGACGGGAUAACAUGUUAGCAAAGGACCGGAGAACGUUGAACAGCCAUUUGACUCACACCAGUAACCCGAAUAAUCCACACCGUGUAUCCGCAGUACCUGGACACUCACCUGGACCAGCAGCUGCUCACCUGUCGGCUCACUAACCUAGCUACACAGGCUACAUGCUAACAGCAGCAUAAGGUGCCCGUCUCAGUAAGCGUUCGAAUGGAACGGUGACUGCUCACUAUGCUAACAGCUAGCUGCUAGUCACGGAGCUAACCGUUAGCCGUAACAUCUGGAGCGGCAGACGAUGGUCUCAGAGCCAACAGCUGUUCUGGAGGAACGGCCUGUUCCCGCUGGAUGUUCUCACGGCUUCACCCCCCUUUACGGCCGCCCCCCUCCCGGACUCCGGUUCAUCCUGGUAACGUCCAUGUAAACGGGUCCACUGAGCAGCAGAAAUGCAGGCGGCACAGCUGCAGUACGACUUCUUCAACGAAGAGAACGGACCGAAGUGGAGAGGCCUGUUGGUGUCUUCUCUGGAGAAGGUUCUGAACCAGGUGCAUCCUAACCUAGUCUCCCAGCAGGAGGCGCUGCAGUACAUUGAGGAGCUGAUCCUCCUGCUGCUCAGCAUGCUGUGUCAGGCUCAACCCAGAACCGUGCAGGAUGUGGAGGAACGGGUUCAGAGAAGCUUCCCUCACCCCAUAGAUAAGUGGGCAAUAGCUGAUGCUCAGGCUGCCAUUGAGAAGAGGAAGAGGAGGAAUCCUCUGGCUCUGCCUGUAGAUAAGAUUCACCCACUGCUGAAGGAGGUGUUGGGGUACAAGAUAGACCACCAGGUGUCGGUCUACAUGGUGGCGGUGUUGGAGUACAUCUCUGCUGACAUCCUGAAACUGGCCGGGAACUACGUCAGGAACAUCCGACACUAUGAGAUCUCCCAGCAGGACAUCACUGUGGCCAUGUGUGCUGACAAGGUGCUCAUGGACAUGUUCCACCAGGACGAGGAUGACAUCAGCGGCUUCCCUCUGAUGGACGAGGAGCCGUCAGCCAAUGAGGAGCAGAGCUACUACGAGCUGGUGAGAAGCUUCAUGUCUGAUGGUCGUCAGUUCCUGAGGACCCUCAACCUGCUGAUCAAGGUGUUCAGGGAGCCCUUCACCUCCAGUCCCAUGCUCUUCUCCCAGCACGACGUGGACAGCAUCUUUAGUCGGAUCCUUGAUGUCCAUGAGGUCACGGUGAAGCUGCUGGGUCUCAUUGAGGAUACGGUGGAGAUGACCGAUGAAGGAAGUCCUCAUCCUCUGGUGGGGAGCUGCUUCGAGGACCUGGCUGAGGAGCUGGCCUUUGACCCCUAUGAGACGUACGCCCAGGACACGCUGCACUCUGGUUUCCAUGAACACUUCCUGAGUCAAGUGUCCAAACCAGGAGCAGCCUUCCACCUCCAGUCCAUUUGUGAAGGUUUUAAAGAAGCUGUUCAGUAUGUUCUGCCCAGACUGCUGCUCACUCCUGUUUACCACUGUCUACACCUGUUUGAGAUCCUGAAGCAACUGGAGGAGAAGAGUGAAGAAGAGGAGGAUAAAGAGUGUCUGAAACAGGCCAUCACCGCUCUGCUCAACCUGCAGAGCAGCAUGGAGAGGAUUUGCUCCAGGAGCCUAGCCAAGAGGAGGCUCAGCGAGUCAGCGUGUCGUUUCUACAGCCAUCAGAUGAAGGGAAAGCACCUUGCCAUCAAAAAGAUGAAUGAAAUCCAGAAGAACAUCGACGGCUGGGAGGGGAAAGACAUCGGCCAAUGCUGCAACGAGUUCAUCAUGGAGGGCACGCUGACCCGCGUGGGCGCCAAACACGAGCGCCACAUCUUCCUCUUUGACGGCUUGAUGAUCUGCUGCAAGUCCAACCACGGGCCGCCUCGGCUGCCAGGCGCUGGCUCCGCUGCAGAGUACCGGCUGAAAGAAAAGUUCUUCAUGCGUAAAGUCCAGAUCAAUGACAAGGACGACAAGGAGGGCGAGUACCGGCACGCCUUUGAAAUCAUCCUGAAGGACGGGAACAGCGUGGUGUUUGCAGCCAAGUCCGCAGAGGAAAAGAACGGCUGGAUGGCGGCGCUGAUCUCGCUGCAGUACCGCAGCACGCUAGAGCGCAUGCUGGACUCCGCCAUGAUGCAGGAGGAGAAGGAGGAGCAGAUGAGGUUACCGGCAGCCGAGGUGUACCGCUUCGCUAAGCCGGACUCAGAGGAGAAUGUGGUGUUUGAGGAAAAUGUCCAGUCCAAGUCCGGGAUUCCCAUCGUCAAAGCAGGGACGGUCCUGAAACUGAUUGAGAGGCUAACCUUUCACAUGUACGCAGAUCCAAACUUUGUCCGGACAUUUCUGACCACCUACAGGUCUUUCUGUAAACCUCAGGACCUGCUCGACCUACUCAUGGAGAGGUUUGAGAUCCCAGAGCCGAGGCUCAGCGAUCUGGAUCCUAUGGACGGAGGAGAACAGCCGCUGAGCGCCGAACUCAAACGGUUCCGUAAAGAGUUUGUCCAGCCGGUCCAACUCAGAGUGUUAAAUGUGUGUCGUCACUGGGUGGAGCAUCACUUUUACGACUUCGAGAGAGACGCUUACCUGCUGAGACGACUGGAGGAGUUCAUCGCCUCAGUCAGAGGUAAGGCAAUGAAGAAAUGGGUGGAGUCAAUAACUAAGAUCAUCCAGAGGAAGAAGCAGGUUCAGGUGAGCAUGCACAGUCACAGCAUUACCUUCCAGAGCUCUCCUCCUCCCAUCGAGUGGCACACCUGCAAACCAGGGAACAGCGAGCAGUUCGACCUCAUGACGCUUCAUCCCAUCGAGAUUGGCCGGCAGCUCACCUUGCUGGAGUCAGACUUCUACAGGGCGGUGCAGCCGUCUGAGUUAGUUGGCAGCGUGUGGACCAAAGAAGACAAAGAGAUUCACUCCCCCAACCUGCUGAGGAUGAUACGACACACCACCAACCUCACGCUCUGGUUUGAAAAGUGUAUAGUAGAAACCGAGAACCUGGAGGAACGAGUCGCCGUCGUUUCUCGGAUCAUCGAGAUCUUACAAGUCUUUCAGGAACUCAACAAUUUUAAUGGGGUUCUCGAGGUGGUCAGUGCGAUGAACUCGUCUCCGGUCUACAGGCUGGAUCACACUUUUGAGCAAAUUCCCAGUCGACAGAGAAAAAUCCUGGAGGAAGCUCAUGAGCUGAGUGAAGAUCAUUACAAGAAGUAUCUCGCCAAACUGCGCUCCAUCAACCCCCCUUGUGUCCCUUUCUUUGGAAUCUACCUGACCAACAUCCUGAAGACUGAGGAGGGUAACCCCGACUUUCUGCGCAGACAUGGCAAAGAUCUGAUCAACUUCAGCAAGAGGAGAAAGGUGGCUGAAAUCACAGGAGAAAUCCAACAGUACCAGAACCAACCGUACUGUUUAAGAGUGGAGACCGACAUCAGGAGGUUUUUUGAGAACCUAAACCCAAUGGAGGACCUGUCCGAAAAAGACUUCGCUGAUCAUCUAUUCAACAAAUCCCUGGAGAUAGAACCCCGAAAUGCCCGAUCAUUGCCUCGAUUUAUGAAGAAGUACACAUGUCCUCUGAAGUCUCCUGGAAUCCGUCCAACCUCAGCAAGGCCUGGUACCAUGCGGCACCCAACACCGCUGCAAAACGAGCCUAGGAAGAUCAGCUACAGCCGCAUCCCUGACAGCGAGGCGGAGGGGGGGGCUGUCUCAGCCCCCAAUUCCCCCCGCACACCUCUGACUCCGCCCGCUGCAUCUGCAACCUCCAGCUCCAUAGACGUUGGGAGUGUGUUUGACUCGCCACAAGGUCCCAGGAGCCCUGUUCACUCCAGGUCUUCCUCUGUCUCUUCCAUCGUGAGUUUCAGUCGUGGUUCUGAGGAGGUCCCGGUUCCGCCUCCCGUUCCUCCUCGCAGACGUCCCGACUCGGCCCCAACUGACUCGUCCCCCUUAAAGAUGACGUUGACAUUGGACAGUCCCCCUGCUGUCCCCCCUCGUCAGCCCACCUGUAAGCUGCUCCCACCUCGUUACUCAUCGUCUCUGUCCUCAUCGUCUCCCCCUGACAGCCCCCCCUCCUUGCCCCCUCGGGAGCCUCUUAGCUCUCCUUUACACCUUCUCCCCCCUCCUCAAGGCCGCCCUCGAUGUGACCUGCAGGCCUUCUUCCCUUCCACCGCUUCCUCCUCACCCUCCAUCAGCUCCGUCCCCAUUGCCUCCUCCUCCCCACCCCCCCUCCCUUCUCUCACCCCUGCCACCCCAGUUCCCACCCCUGGCUCCAGGAAGAUGCCCCCUGCCUCCCCAACCCUCCUACACCUCGCCCUUGACGGGCCCCCCGUCCCUCCCCGGCACACUGUCCCCAAACUUCCUCCCAAAACCUACAAGAGGGAACCUCAGACCCCUGCCCCCCUGUUUGACACCCCCCCAGAACUGUGAUUGGACAUUGGGCUUGGACCUCCUGAGGGAGCAGAACUGCUGUUUUAACAGCUUGCUGAGGAGGUGGGGCUUGCUGAGCUCACUCUGCAGCUGAUUUGAUGAGAACAAACAAAACAAUGGAUUUAAAGACAAAAAAAAAUUAAGAUCCUGCGCCCUUAUUCUGAAAAACAAACUAAUCGUGUGCCCUUAUUCUGAAAACGAACUGAUUGUAUCCUCCAGCUGUAGAACUUUUGUCUGUUUAUCAGACCUGAUGAAGAAAGAGAAUUGUGUGUAACAUAGUUCUCCACGAACUGAGGUGGACGCUGGGUCUGAGGUGUUGGUGCAUCAGCAGCCUUCAGGUACUGGACCAGAACCAAAAAGGAACUGUGUUGGUUCUGGUGGAUUUGAUGUUGUUUAUAUCUGAUUUCUGAUGUCUAUUCUUUAAAACAAGGGAAUAAAAGUGUUUGUGAACUAAG